AUGUCGGGACGAAGCGCAUAUGUGCGCAAGAAGAUUACAGAGACCAAGGUAGACGAGAAGAAACCUGUGUUUGCUGGAAGGGGAGGGCUAAGGUCACCUGAUUUGCCCGGAGGAAGAGGAUUAGAUUACGACGAUGGGACCUUUGUGGAUUACUCGCCCGCAUCAGGUACUGGCUACGGCACAACAAAUGGGCGAUUUCUCAAGUUCUCAGAUACGCUUCAGUCGGACUUCAGCCCCCUUGGACCAUCCACCACUAUCAGCACUUACAGUGGCGGCAGUCAGAGCGGCGGCAGCGACGCCGGAAGGCGAGAUGGCACGGGGCUGAAACAGGGUCCCAUGGACAGUUUCGCUUACGCGCGUGUUAGAAGGCCUACUAUCAAGACCGAGGACGUCUCUGGUAUAGAACGUUCUGGCUUUCGCAGUAAUAUUGACAAGAAAAGUGAUGAUAUCAGGAAAGGCCUCAGUAAGGCCUUCGGCUUUGGCAAGAAGUCUAAAAAGGCUACAGACGAUGGUCCACGUACUCAAUCGGCCGCUGGGAUAUCAGGCUCAGGUGGCUUUGGCGGUUAUGAGGCUGAGGAAAUACCUCCCAUACCGACCUUGCAUUCGUCGCAGCUUCCAGGGUGGGGUGCUAACAACGACCUGCCACCGCCGCCCACGAGCAAAUUGCCUGCUAUACCAAUAUCGGCCAGCUCGCCUACGAUUAAGCGAUGGGUAGGAGCUGGACGGCCUGUCCAAAGAUGGAACAAGCUGAGAAAAGACCCAGAGUUGUGGGAUCCUAACGGCGAUGUUUUGGUAUACCUGGCUCGCCGUGGACAGUCUCCCCGACCGAAUGCUUCAUUCCGCUUGUCGUCACACAUUAUCGAAGCGACUGAGAGCAGGUUUCUUACUCAGCUUAUGCGAGAAGGCUCAACAGAAGAAGACUUCAACGUGCCACCUUCACCCGCAGGUGCGUUCUCGCGCCAUGGCCUAGGACCACACCAAGGGUAUUCACACCAUGGCCGCGGACACCCGACACCCCCUGUUUCUGAUGAUGCCAGCAACGCCGACAUCGAUGGGCAAAUUUCUUACGAGAUGUACUUUCCUACGCCACCUGAGUUCACCCGAUCAGAAGCACAUCGCUACGUUAUCACCACUCGAAAUGUAUUUGCUCUCCUGUACCAUACCUCGCUCGUUGGACUCUCACUGCACCAGGCGCUUACAGACUUGUACGUACGGCUAGAAUCGUACAUGCCUUCAGAGGCGGACAAUGUUGGAACGAUCUUGAACUAUCUCUCAGUCCGCGCACUUGACGACUGUCGCAACGACCCCGAGACUGCAGUCUCACUUCUGAGCUGGUCUGAGUCACAAACCAUACGUUGGGAGGAAGGGUGGCGCGAGGCAUUCUUGCACUCGGCAGGCAUGUAUGCAAGGUUGGAAACUUGCGCCGACUGGAAGCAAGUCACACCGAUUACCCGAGCACUACUGGAGCGUGCAUGCCUCGAAACCCAACUUCGGGUACAAGCAGCUGAGGAGCGACUCACUGAGUUCUCUUAUGCUGAUAUGUGGCCGCCCAGUGGCCCAAUCGCCAACAGUUCCUCGAAAUCGGCAGCGGAUCGGUUGCAAAAGUUUCUCAUUUCUUACUUCACUACAACCUUUGGUGAAUGGCCACCGCCGCCAUCUGAUGAGCGGUCGCCAGAUGGGGAAGAAACUUGGCUUACGAGAGGUGUCGCGCAGAAGCUUCAGAAAGACUUUGGUGCGUUGUACGAUUACCUGGUAAAUCGUGAUAUUUCGUGGGAUGAGUCGGAAACUCGAAGUAGCAGGAAAUGGAUGAUGGUGUCUGAAAGCGGCAACAAGGCAUUCGACGCCGACACCAUGGAUCUUCCCAUGACAGACCUGUUGAUCGAAUGGGACAUCCGCUCUCGCUUUCCUCACAUCCCAUAUCCUUACCCAUUGGUACCCGAGUCGAUUCCUCUUGCCAACCCAACCACACGCGACAAACCCAAGAAAUCCGACAAGGACAAGAACAGGGGUGCUGAAGACCGUGUGCUCGAGCGCCGAGUCCAGUUGGCCUACACGGAAGCGACGAACAUUUAUAUCCUUGGCUCUGAUUUUGUCCAAUCUGAGUUGAUUGACAACUUCGUCAGGUUCGAGAAGUCCGACCAGGUUGGUGGGGUUGACCCAUUGGCUGCCCGUCGUGGCCGUUGGGUCCUCAUUUACGGUAUUCUCCAGACACUGGCGACCGUCUCCGUCGAUGCGCCCAAUGUCCGCUACAAGAACGAGGUGGACUAUCACUUGUCACCACGACUCAAGGGCACCAGAGUGCCGCCAUGGAAAGGUGUGUCGAACUCAAGUACCGAGGCGUGUCACGAACUGUCCCAUUGCUGGGUCGUGCCGCGCACCUGGAAUGCAGCGCAGGACUCGGAGGCCUCUGAUGAGCUUAGCCCCAUAACAAGGAUGAUGCGAGCCCACGGCCACAAUUUCCCACACCCUCCACCGACGGUGACAACGGCACGAUCGACCACUUCGGGCUGGCAGACUCCAGCUCGAAGCGUCCGAUCAAGCGCCUGGGGCGGCUCGUCGGCCAUGAGCACAGUCUCGGAUGACGCACGUAGUGUCCGGACCGCAGCCACAUCGCUACAUCGUGUGCGAAGUAAAGAUGGACUCAAGGGCUUGAAGGCUUUCGGUGCAGGCCGUAGCAGUGAAACGGCAGCUGGUGUUAGUGACUGGCCGGUACAAUCGCAGAGUGUCAAACACACGCGAAAUUCCGACGCGGCAUCUACAUCGUCGAGGCCGCUGCCGCCGUUGACGAUCAACCCCAGUGUGACGGGCGGCGGAGGAUUCCUUGACCUGGAUGAGAGCCCGCCUCAGGCGUCACGGAAGAGAAGCACAAACCGUAUGAAAGCACCUAGAAACGGUGAUGAUAUGCUGGAUAUGAUUAUCAAGGAUUUUGACGAGCUGGAGGCUAUUAGUGAUCACGACCCAUGA